AUGGAUAAAUUUCGUGUAAAUCCUAAAUUAACAACAAGUAAAUUGAUAUUAACACCAAAACAAAAAGAAGAAUUGUAUCAUUUAUUGGAAUUAAAAGAUCUUACCAGUAAAGAUUAUUUUGAAACAAAAUUUUGGGAUGACUCUGAUGAACAGCAAGAGGAAGCAAAUGAAUUUCUAACUUACCAUGGUUUAAUUCAACCACUUCUUGAAUCUUCCACUAGACGUUGGAAGACAAGAUGGUCCGAUAAGAAUGAUAGGUACGGGAAAAAAAUAUUGUAUCAAUGUGCUUGUGGAACUGAUAAACAAAAUGCUUUUAAUAAAGUUGCUCCCGAUAAACGAAGAAAACUUAGACAAAUCUAUGAAUUUGUUGGUUGUUUGGCUUUUGUUAAGCUUGAGUUUGAUGAAACUAACACCAAAUACAGACGUCUACAUGGUUAUCUAGACCAUUCCGAAGCAUGUCACCGUGGAAUACCAAAAAUUGAAGGUCCAACUUUAACAAUCAAUCCUUUGGUCAAAGCAAUGACUGAAUUAAUGGUCAAGGCAAACUUUUCCAUUAAAGAAAUCAUCUCAAUCAAUCAACAUUUGAUGAAAAAUCAUCUAAGUAGUAGAAUUGACUUGAGAGGUGAACAUUUUCUAAUAACACUAUAUGAUAUUUUGGAUUCUAGACGCUCAUUGUUGAUGUCCACGAAAAGCGAAGCAACUUCUUGGAAGCUAGAUAUAAAUAAAUCCGUAAGCUACAAUUUAAAUCAAAUUUAUGAUGAGAAUUGUUCUAAAGAUUCUGAAAUAUAUGAAUCAACUAUUUACACCACCGCCAUUAACAAUGUUAUUAUUAUUGGAUUCUGA